AGGCAGGCAGGAAGCCCUUCGGCUUGGCAAUGCGUGCGAGCGGAGAGAGCGCAAAUGCAAACUGAAACCCCACUCCUUUUCUGAUAACGGAGAGGAAGAGAGACAGAGAGAAGAAGCAGACUGGAAUUCCAACCCUCCUUGUAUUUAUGAUAGUUUAAAGGUCUCCGUUGAAAAUGUAUGACCGUUUGGAUCCUCGGCGCGAGCCUAGACGUGUUUCUAAAGGCAUCAUAGGUUGCGUCGUCUGACCAAGGAGGGCUCGGGCGCUUUCCGUUCCUAUCCUUCGCUUCCCCCCUCUUGGUGAGGGGCUAUAUUGGAACAAGGUUUUGGGGCUUUUUGCAUUUGAAUUCUACUGCGCAACCAGACGGAUCACGUGGGAUGUGGAGUUGAUCGAUUUGCGCCGUUAAAUGUGAAAAGAGGAACGGGGAAAAGGUCUGUUAAAAAAGCAUAACCGCUUUCUUCCGGAUUACAGGGGACUCUACUUUUACGGAGGGAAAUACGUCGGUGGGCUCGGGGACCCGGAGUGAUUUUUAUGCCUGUUUAAAAUGGAGACGCACAUAUCGUGCCUCUUUCCGGAAAUUUUAGCCAUGAUUUUCAGCUACUUGGAUGUAAGGGACAAAGGCAGGGUGGCCCAAGUGUGUGCUGCUUGGAGGGACGCUUCCUACCACAAGUCGGUGUGGAGGGGGGUGGAAGCCAAGCUGCAUCUGCGGCGGGCCAAUCCUUCUCUCUUCCCCAGCCUACAGGCCCGCGGAAUCCGGAGAGUUCAGAUUCUCAGCCUGCGGCGGAGCCUCAGCUACGUGAUCCAGGGGAUGCCAAAUAUCGAGAGCCUGAACCUGAGUGGCUGCUAUAACUUAACGGAUAACGGCCUGGGGCACGCGUUUGUCCAGGAGAUCCCCUCCCUUCGGGUUCUAAACCUUAGUCUGUGUAAGCAGAUCACGGACUCCAGCCUGGGCCGGAUCGCCCAGUAUCUGAAGAACCUGGAGGUUCUGGAACUGGGCGGGUGUAGUAACAUCACCAACACGGGGCUGUUGCUCAUAGCGUGGGGUUUACACCGGCUCAAGAGCCUCAAUCUCCGCAGCUGCCGGCAUGUGUCUGACGUGGGCAUCGGGCACCUGGCGGGCAUGACCCGCAGCGCAGCGGAGGGCUGUCUCAACCUGGAAUACCUGACGCUGCAGGACUGUCAGAAACUUACGGAUCUGUCCCUCAAGCACAUCUCUAAGGGCCUGGCUAAGCUCAAAGUUCUCAACCUGAGUUUCUGUGGCGGGAUCUCUGACGCAGGUAUGAUCCACCUCUCCCACAUGACCAGCCUCUGGAGCCUUAACCUGCGCUCGUGCGACAACAUCAGUGACACGGGCAUCAUGCACCUGGCCAUGGGCACGCUGCGGCUCUCCGGGCUAGACAUGUCCUUCUGUGACAAGAUAGGGGACCAGAGUCUGGCUUACAUCGCCCAGGGCCUGUACCAGCUCAAAUCCCUGUCCCUGUGCUCGUGCCACAUUAGUGACGAUGGCAUCAACAGGAUGGUGCGCCAGAUGCAUGAGCUGAGAACCCUGAACAUUGGACAGUGUGUGCGGAUUACAGACAAAGGACUGGAGCUCAUUGCCGACCACUUGACUCAGUUGACGGGAAUCGAUCUGUAUGGAUGUACUAAAAUCACGAAACGGGGACUGGAAAGGAUAACGCAGCUCCCAUGCCUUAAAGUUUUGAAUCUGGGACUUUGGCAGAUGACAGAGAGUGAAAAAGUGAGGUGAAACUAACUUGGCGAGGAUUAGUUGGGGAGGGACACACACACAGAGAGGAGAAGGGGUAACGGAGCAGGAGACCAGUGGGCGGGGAAAUGUUCCUUCUAAAAAAAUAUAUAUAUAUCCUCUGCUCUCAAUCUCGUCGUAGUUGGAUAUUUUCAAUUUCAAUGUAACUUAAUGCUACAAAACUGUGAUUAAAAAAUAUGUUGCGCAAUUUUAGGCCAAAUGAAAACAAGAUUAAUCAUCAAAUGCAUGUUUUCAUUAUUAACAACACAAUAUCCCGCCCCCGCAUUAUGAAGACAAACUACUUUUUAUUAUUCCUAAAGAGUCGCAAUAUUUAACUUCAAACUCUCCAACUAUCGCGCCUAAUACAUUUGGCUACCUCGUUUAUCAAUGUGUUGUAAUAAAUCCGUGUAUUCUUAAAAAGAAAGAGAGGAGAUAAAUUGUGCCUAUAGACAGUAGUAGUCCCCUCCCCCAACGCGUCUCGCGCUUGGAGAAUCCUAGCAGCAAAAAGAAACGCUCUCUAACUACCUUUGUGUUAAUUUGCCCAGAAACGCUUAACAAUGAAGAAGAGAAACGAACAGUUUCGUUUAAAAGGACUGUUCACACU